GUGAGGCACAGAACAGCUUCCUUUUCUCUCCUGCUGCUCAUUGAGAAACCUUCCUCCAGUGCACUUAGUUAGUCAAAUCUAGACACACGCAGACAUGAAAGCCGCUCAGCUGUUGGGAAUUUUGGGACUCAUCUGCUGCUCUGAUGGUCUGGAGAUGCACUGUGACAUCAGAGAAGGUGGAGCACCUUGUCAUGGACCUUUGGGAGGAUCUUUGAUCAUCAAGCUGAUGGGAGAAAACACCAAUGUACCAAAAUGGACUUUAAAAAAAGACACAAUAACGAUCCUGAAGUGGGAAGAAAAGUUUAAAUCUGGCAAUGACAAGAGCAGAUACUUCUUUGGUCGACAGAAUGGAAGCUUGACAAUAGCAUCUCUGACCAGAGAGGAUGCUGGCACUUAUCUUUUAGAGGGAUUUGAUAAGGAUGGAAACAACAUAUCUCACAGAAAUUUCCGCAUCUAUGUCGAAGCCCCAGUGUCGACUGUCCGCCUGACACACCAGUGUCUUGAAAACGGAGAGCAGAAUGUCUCCUGCGAUGCCCUGGGAGAAGGCCUUUCCUACAAGUGGAUGCUUGAUGGACAAAAUCUGACAGACAGUCAGCUUCAGUCGGGGAGCUCCACAGCGAAAGCCAUCACCCUAAAAGGAGGCGUGUCUGGACGACUGGCGUGCUUAGUCAGCAAUAAUGUCAGCAAUCAGACAGCAGAGUUGCAGAUUGAGAAGUGCGCAUUAACUCCGAGCGUCAGCAGCCUCCCCACUGACACCAGCAUGGCUCCCGGCCCGAAGAAUCAGUCUCAGAUUGACAAUGCAGGAAACUUGACCAUCAAAGACUACUGGCCCAUACUGGUGGGAGUCCUCGUCGCUGUGGUCCUGCUUUUGGCCAUCGGAGGAGCUGUUGUUUUCAUUUACAGGAAAAAACAAAAAGGCUCCACUGACACACAGGAACUGACAUACGCUGAUGUCAGUGUCGUGAAUCACCGCGGGAAGUGGCAACAUCGAGAGGCGGAGGAGAUGGUGGCUUACAGUGAAGUCAGGUUUGCACAGCAUCCGGCGCGGACAGCCAGGCCAAGAGAGGAGUCUCCUGUUUACUCUGUGGUGCAAGUACGGUGAAACACUCGAAACAGCUUGCCAAGUGUGAUGUGAAAUAGCAGUCCUUCAUUGUUUGAACGCUUUGUUUGUGUAAAUAUUCCGACGUUGUGAAGCCAUAAUGCAAUAAAUCUUGAUUGUUUCUGUUGUUUUUAUUAAAAUGUGAGACCAUUUUCUUCUAAAAAUAAUAAGACAGAAACUCUCUCAACCAAGAGACUUUGAAGAAUGUUGUGACGCAAGUGGACCUCAAGCAGAGGUGAGCUCAGAAGAAAUCAUCUAUUGUGAGAAACAUUGCGACUUCAACACGGAAAGCUGAAGCUCCGACAAUAGUCAUGACACACUGCUUUAUUACAACAGCACACAGGAAGUGAGCUACUGAGAAGGUCACCGUUUAUUGAAACGGGAAAUAAAAUUCCAAAUGUGUUAAGGGAGUCUGGGCGCCUCCUUGAGGGCCGCUAAAAGUUUUUUUGUUUUACACCUUUGGGCCGCGAGACGCUCCCCCAAUAGUAAAACCUGUUGAAGCAGUUUUGAAAAUUAAUUAGAACAUUUUAUAGCGAUAUGUUCAUUUACACUUCAGUUAUAUCUUCUUUGGAGUUAAAAAAAAAAAAAAUUAUUUUAUGAUAUU